AUGGCCAAAUGUAGAGUGGCCGAUGAAAAGCAGUUUAGUGGCACAAUGUCGGCGUCUCAGGGGAUGAAUCGCAGCGGCGUCUACAACUACUUCCUCAACAUGGUGGCCUAUCAGAUUUGCUGUUGCUGUGGACCGGCUCCCUGCUCGCUCUGCUGUGCCUUCUGUCCUCCGGUGCAAUCGUCCACCACCACGCGGAUCAUGUACACCCUGUUCCACAUCAUGAGCUGCGCCGUCUCCUGCCUCAUGCUGUCCCGCACCGUCUCUGAGCUCGUCAGGGAAAAUGUGCCUUUCUUCAACAUGGUGUGUGACCAGGCGCACGGCGGGGGUCACUGUGAGAUGCUGGUGGGUUACUCGGCGGUCUACAGAGUGUGCUUCGGCACUUCCUGUUUCUACCUGAUGAUGGCCAUCUUCCUCAUAGACGUGAAGUCCAGUCAGGACUACAGAGCGCUCAUACACAACGGUUUCUGGUUCCUGAAGUUGAUCACUCUGCUCGGGAUGUGCAUGGCCGCCUUCUUCAUCCCCACAGAGUCCUUCCUGCAUGCUUGGCAUUAUGUGGGUGUGGUGGGGGGAUUUGCCUUCAUCCUCAUCCAGCUCAUCCUCAUCACAGCUUUUGCGCACACCUGGAACAACAACUGGUUGACCGGAGCAGCAGAGAACAAGCGUUGGUAUAUCGCGGUGAUGUGUGCCACCCUCUUCUUCUACACUAUCGCCACCAUGGCCUUCACUUUCAUGUACAAGUACUACACACACCCCGUGGCCUGCCAGUUCAACAAGGCCCUGCUGUGGAUCAACCUGGGGCUCUGCGGCCUCAUGUCCUUCAUUGCCGUCACACCGUGCGUGAAGCAGAAGCAGCCUCGGUCGGGGCUCCUCCAGGCCUCCAUCAUCAGCUGUUACGUCAUGUAUCUCACUUUCUCUGCGCUGUCCAGCCGCCCGCCAGAAAAAGUGGUGUAUCAGGGCAUGAACAUGACCGCCUGUUACCCCAGCGUGGGACAACAUGACAUCCAGAAUGACGGCAACGCUGUGGCCAUCAUUGGAGCAGCCAUCAUGUACUGCUGCGUCCUCUUUGCAUGUAAUGAAGCUUCCUACCUGGCAGAGGUGUUCGGCCCGUUUUGGAUGAUCAAAGUUUAUCGCUAUGAGUUCCAGAAAGCCACCUGCUGCUUCUGCUGCCCUGAGGAGGAGGAAGCUGAGGAAGAGUUUGUGAUGGAGGACGACAGCAAAGGCUGUCAGAAGGUUGUCCACAACGAGACGCAGAGAGUGGCCUACAGCUACUUCUUCUUCCACUUCGUCUUCUUCCUGGCCUCGCUGUACGUCAUGAUGACCCUCACUAACUGGUUCAGCUAUGAGUCAGCAGUUUUGGAGACUACCUUUACCCACGGCAGCUGGUCUACCUUCUUGGUGAAGAUGUCGUCGUGCUGGGCCUGUGUGAUCCUCUACCUCUGGCUGCUGCUGGGCCCUCUGUGCAGCUGCCAGUCCGAAUCAAGACCUCGACGCUCACGCAUUAAACGGCGCUCAGGAUUGUCCCGUCACGUGCACGUCAGUGUGUGACACGCUCUGGAAGAGGAGUGAGGCGGACAUGGCACGAUGUGGACGAGCGACCAUCUCCCCUCGGUGGCCUG